AAUGAGCGUACGAUUCGUGCCCGCCUGGGAAGCCACGCCACGAAUCUUCCACAGUGAGCAGUUCACGUUUAGUGUUUACUUCCCAUAGGGCCAUCAUCGUAAACAAAAACAAGUGCGAUCCGAUAGGCCUGUCAUACGGUUGUUUUGAUUAGCGGAUCGUAUUCCGCGCGGCCGGAACAUCCGAAUGUGGACAGUAACGGAACGGUGAGAGCGCGAGCGAGAGGUUCUUGCACGAUGCAGCCCAGCGUGUUAGGAGUUAGCGACUGGCGAAACUUGGUGGCGUUCCGUUGGUGCCUGGUCUGUGCGGUGCUUCUGCUUGGACCGGUUGCUAACGGGCCGGCCAAAGGCCAGUAUCUGAGUUCGCCGUGUCCGAAAAUAUUUUCCUACCGGUUCGACCCGAACACGAGCGAGCCAUUCGGAUACGUCGAGCUGCACAACUUGCGCAUCGGUCAGCUAGUCAAGCUGAACGUGGAUCUCUCGAUCGGCGUACCGGUUCCGAAGAGCAACGUGGGAUCCAUAACGCUAGUUAAAUCGAGACCGCAAACGUUUCUCGACAUUUUCAACAACCGCCCGGCGCAGUAUCGUGUGAAUUUCCCGUUCACCAACAUCUACCCGUCCGUGCUGGCGAUCAGCGUUAACGGGCAGGCGAUCUGCACCGGGCAAAAGGUAAAGGGACCAAUCGUGACGACCAUCAAUCUGGAGCACACACUGUUCACGCAGGUGCAGCAACUGAACUCGAACGGCAACACGGCGGCCGUCAACGCGAACGGCAUCCAGUACCAGCCGGCGGUCCAUCAGAUCAUCACCCAGCCCUCGGGCCGGCAGACCAACGACACGCCGACGGCGAUCGUUUUCCAACCGCCCGAAACCGCGGUUACCACCCAGCGGUCAGUACUGUUCCCGAGAGUCCUGUUACCACCGUCGCAGCCGCAGCAAACAGUGUAUCGACCUCUGCCAGCAGCGUCGACAAGGAGCUCCUCCGAUAUUUCCUGCGGAACCGUGGCGCCGCUGGGCAGCCGACUGUCGAUCAACGGCAUUCGUUCGUCGAAAGGACAGUUCCCGUGGGCGGCACCGAUUUUCAAUACCGCCGGCGUCUCGAAACCCCAGUACAUCUGCGGCAGUAGCCUGAUUACCCCGACGCACGUGCUGACGGCGGCCCACUGCAUGUAUUUUCCCGCCGGCAUGGAACGCCAGGCGGACCAGCUGUCGGUCGUGCCCGGGAUGUACAACAUCGACAACUUUUUCGACAGCAGCAACCAGGAGCGCGACGUGGCGCGGAUAUUCAUUCACGACGACUACUACUUCGAGGACGCCGAACUGACGGACUCGGACAUUUCGGUGCUGGCGCUCGCCCAACCGGUCGUCUACAACGAUCUGGUGCGGCCAAUCUGUCUGUGGAGCGAAAGUGACAACCUGGAGCAAAUCAUCGGCGCCAAGGGCUUCAUUUCGAGCUGGGGCGUUACGGAGUCGGGCGGGGAUGCGACGUAUCCGAGCUACGUGACGGCCACCGUUAUCGACAAGCGGGACUGCUCGCGCCAGCUGGGCCGCCUGGUACCGCCGUCGUCACGAACGUUCUGCGGUGCCGGCUACGGUGCCGUGCCGUGCAACGGUGACUCCGGGAGCGGGUUGGCCCUAAAACGCGGAUCACGGUUCUACCUCCGGGGGAUCGUGUCUACGGGCCAGCUCGACAUCAACACGCAGCUGUGUGACUCGAAGAAGUACGUUAUCUACACGGAUGUCGCUCCGUUCCGGUACUGGCUGUCGCGGAUUGUUAAAAAGUAGCGCGGCCAACGAU